UCAUCUGGAACACCUAGAACCGUGAAAGUUUUCACUUACACACCUGUAACAUUUAAUCUCUUUUCGUCCCCGUUUGAACAUUUCAUCAUGGUUUUAGUAUUUAAUAUAAAGGUGAAAGUGUGCAUUUACCAUUAUAACCAUCAUGUGCACACACCUGAAAGCAGCUCUCACACACCGACUUCUGUAUUGGAUCCGCUGUCAGCUUUUUCCGACAUGGGCAGUUGUUGACAUCAGGGGUGACUGAUUCCCAAUCUGUGCUGUUCUGGGACACAUGCAGUGUGAAUCAGCACUGUAUUGAUGGGACAUGUGGAGAGCCGUGGCCCACAUUUUCUGCCCUGCAUGCUCCUCUGGACUCGGGUUAUUGGAACCUGCCAACAGGAUUAUCUCUGAUUAAAUCAGUCUGCUCUCCACCUGCGAGAUGACCAAAUCUAUUCAGGCUUAUUCUUUUACAGGCGCUGUGUGUUGGUCUAUUCAGUCCUUAUUUUCUCCUCUGUCAGAUUGUCUAGGCCAGCGCUUCACCUGGAUCCAUGCGGUCUUCCAUAAUUUUCCCUCGCUGCUGAACUUUGUGUGGAAGCUCCGCUGUGUGUCGGGGAUUUGUCCACGUGACCUGGAAGAUUACGGCUGCUCCUGCAGAUAUGUGGCAGUUGGGAACCCUGUGGAUCCUCUGGACAUCUGCUGUGAGACUCACAGACUGUGUUACCAGAACGCUGCCCCCUGCAGGCUGGAGGUGCCUCAACCCUCCUACAACUUCACCUGCUCUGCAGCCAACACCAGCUGUGAUGCUGCUGACUUGUGCCAGCAGAAGUUUUGUGAAUGUGACCAGGCGGCCAUCGACUGCAUUACUCAGAGUCCAUACGACUUGACCCUGAGAGGCCUCUCAGAGGCGUCCUGCUCUGCUGCAAAUCAAACAGAUCUGCUCAGCGGCGCCAUGGAGACCGACGGGGUCUUCACAGGAGCAGAUGUUUACCCAGCAGUGAACGACUCUUCCAGCUUCCUGUUGUCCAACUCCUCCUUCCUGCCAGCAGAGUUGGAGGAAGUUGCAGGAGGUGCAGGGGAGGAAAAAGAGGACGAAAUGACACUCCUCAGUUUCAUCUCUAAAGAUCUGAAUGAGACCAUUACAGAGGAAGCACUCGAGCUGGAAGAGAUCAUGGAGCAUCAGAUGACCCACAGUUUCUCAGCAAUGGGCACUGAUUCGGUUCUGUUCGUCCAUGAUGGAGACACACGAAACAACACAGAAUCUGAGACAAUCAGUCCACUGAGCUCUGCUGAUUUAAACGAAGGAACUAAUCAAUCCGUCGCUGACGUUACGCCAGCUGUUCAUGCUACAGCAUCCCUGACCGCGACUUUACCCAGAGCAGUGUCGUCACUAAAGAGAAGUCCAGCCAUCACCACCGAGUCGCCAUUGAUAUCAACCGAAUAUCAGAUCAGUCCCAACUUGAAAAUGACCAUCAGCAUGGAUUUCCCAGAGUCAUCUGAAGAAGAGGAGGAUGAAAAUGAUGAUGAUGAAGAGCUCUUACCGACACAGUCAACUACAACUCCGACUCUCACCACAGACCAGUCCAACAAGGUGAAAGACGGCACAACUCACACAGAAGAGAAAACACCAGCUUCUCAAAGAGGACCACAGAUGACAACCAGAAGCCGGCACUCAGAAACCAAACCAGUGAGAACCAGUACAACUCCUCGGGCUUCAUGGGGGAAGGAAGUCACGCCUCCACCACCUCCAGCUGCUGUCUUCAGUCUCCUGAGUGAAGGUAAGAAGCCACUAACAUCUUCAUCAACCACAUCUUUGUCACCAACCACCACCCUGACAACACGCAGAAACCAGACCGCCUCCACAAAACCACAACGGGGCACCACGACGACGACAGCGGACAGGUUUUCAUCUGUUGCCAUGAAAACAGUCGACUCUGAAGAGGAGCUCCAGAAGACGAACUGGGACUUGGCUCAGAAGAGGGCGGUGCCGUUCUUCGCCUGGUCCCUGCUGGAGUCCGUCGGACUUAGCGACAUGCAGCAGCCAGAUGGCAAAGAGUGCCGUCUCUCCUUCGGUGUGUCCAGCAGCGACGGUCGAACCAGGAGGGAGAUGCCGGCGCUCGGAGAGAUGCUGCACUGUCUCACAGGAAGAUGUCCACACGAGUACGAGAUGUACGGCUGCUACUGUGGACAGGAGGGAAGUGGACAGCCUCUGGACCAGCUGGACAGGUGCUGCUUCUUCCAUCGCUGCUGCUUGAAGCAGAUCGCGGUGAUGGGCUGCAGAGCAGAGAGAAGACUCAACGCCCAUGUGUCCUGCGAGGGCAGCAGACCCCGAUGUCAGGGCGUCGCUGUGUGUGACAAACUCCGGUGUGUGUGUGAUAAAACCACCGCGGAGUGCAUGGCGGUGGCACACUUUAACCACAGCCUUCCGACUCAGCGGUGCCGCGGACCACCACCACCCUGCCGCCGAGCAAGCGGACCACCCAAACCUUCCAAGGUGUCCAGCGAGGAGAGCAAACAGAGCGAGGAGCUGCAGACAGACCUGGACACGGGCGAUGGUGCAGAGAUGACUUCACCUGUCCAACAUCCAGACAGCGAUGAGAGCUCUGAGCUGACGGAGACACAUCCUCUUCAUCCUCCAUCCAGUGAGGAGAGCAGAGAGCUGCAAACUCUCUAUCAUCUGAAUACUGAGCCCAUCCAAGUCCAAACACCAGCAGAGAGAGGAGAAGAGGAGGCGGCAGAAGAAGGAGAGAAAGAAGAAGAGGAGGAUGAACAAGGAGAGGGGGAGGAGGAGGAUGGACAGGAAGAGGAGGAAGGAGACUAGAGCAGAAAAUGUGGCAGCUUUUCUUUUGGUGAAUUAAGACUUUUCUCUCGAAGACAGAUGAAGAUAAAAACACCACAGCAUGUCAUAUCUGAUAAAAACACUUUAUUUGAA